AUGUCAUGGCCUGAGCAGGGUAUCAGUGUGCUGGGUGUGGACCGAGGACCCCAUCUGCUACUCCUGAGCCUGGAUAUCAGCUCCCUCCGGCCCAGCUCCGGUUCCCUCGCGGCUCACACGCGGCAGGUGUCACGCCAGGGGGGCCAGGAGCAUGGAUCACCAGCCAGCUACUCCAGUGGAGCAGGGUAUGAGCACACCUCUGGUUUACCCCAGCAGCGCUUCAUCUGCACCCCCAUCCCCUUAGACGCUGACCCUGGCUGCUUCCCCGCAGGCGUUGGGCCUUUGGGGGCACCUGGGCCUGGGGGGAGCGGGCCGCAUGCUGCAGGACCAAGCAGCAGCAGCAGCAGUGGUGGUGGUGGUGGUGGAGAUGGAGCUGGUGGAGCUGGCACCAGUGGCAGCAGCUGGUGGGGGCUGCCCGAGGAGGCCAAGGCCACCAUCCUGCACCUGCGGGAGAGCCUGGUGCAGCAGAAAGAGACCAUCCUGGACCAGCGCGACAAGAUCCGGGAGCUGACGGCCAAGCUGGCCCUAUGCGAGGGCUUUGGCCGGGGCAUGGGCACCGCCGGGCAUAGCGGCCAGCCGAUGGGGCCCGAGCCGCACCUCACACACCAUACGCACCACCCCCGCCACCGCCACCACCCCCACCACUCCGGGCACAUCGUCUACCCUGACAACGGGCACCACGGCGACCCCGAGGCUCUGUACCCGGCCAUGGGGCUCAGGGGGCACCAUAAGACGUCAGCGCUCGGCGAGAAGCAUCCUGGCGAGAUGUCACCUCCGUCCUCAUCCUCCUCAUCUUCAUCGUCUCCAGAGGAACUGGAGAGGAUGCUGCACAUGCUGAAGGAGAGGCUGGACAGCUUGCAGAUCCAUAACACCUCCAUGAGCUACUCCACCUCUCUCAAGGACCUCCUGGAGCGAAAGAUCACGGCCCUCGAGGAACAGCUCGGCCAUCAAACCACCUCAACCGGCAGAGACCGCGACAGUGGAUAUCCCAACAGCAGUCACUAUGACGACGACGAUGAUGAUGAUGACCGAGAUGAUGAUGAUGACCGAGAUGAUGAUGAGGACGAGGAUGACGAGACCGAUGAUGAUGAUGACGAUGAUGACGAUGAUGAUGACGAUGACGAUGACAAUGAUGAUGACGAUGACGAUGACGUGUCCGAUGACCUCGGACACUAUGACGCACACCGCUCCGACAGGAGUCACAACGACGGGCGCGACAGCGAAGACGAUGAUGACAGGGAGGAUGAGGAUGGCAACGAGAUGGACGGGUUUCUUCACCCAAGGUUGUCCCACCACGCUCAUCGUCACAGGGGUAACGGAGGAGGAGGCCACAACAACAAGCUGGAUGCUGUUCUGAACCACCUGCAGAACAGACUUACAGACGCAGGCUCCCGUAAGAAAGCCAAGGGCAAGGUCCCCGAGGGCUUCCAGAUCGGCUUCCCCAUGCGCACCAACUACAUGUAUGGCCGCCUCAAGCCCACCCUGAGCCACGAGAUCUUUGCGCUGACCCUGUGCCUGUGGCUGAGGGGAGGCGCGGGGCCCGGCCUGGGCACCCCCUUCUCGUACUCCGUGCCCGGCCAGGCCAACGAGCUGGUGCUGAUCGAGUGGGGCAACAACCCCAUGGAGCUGCUGGUCAAUGACAAGGCUGUCACCCUGCCCCUCUCCCUGAGCGAUGGGAAAUGGCACCACGUGUGUGUGACCUGGUCGACGCGUGACGGCGCGUGGGAGGCCUACCAGGACGGCGUGAAGAGGGGCUCCGGGGAGAACCUGUCCUCAUGGCACCCCAUCAAGCCUGGAGGCGUCUUCGUCCUGGGACAGGAGCAGGACACACUCGGCGGCCGCUUCGAUGCUACGCAGGCGUUUGUGGGCGAUAUCUCGGACCUGCAGAUGUGGUCUCGCGUCCUCUCCAGCCGAGAUAUCUACGCCUUGGGCUCCUGCAACGGUCACAUGACCGGCGACGUCAUCGCCUGGUCGGAGUCGGCCCUGGAGCUGCACGGCGGGGUCACCAACUACCCCUUCGACCCCUGCCACUGA